CCCGUACGCCUGAAGCCCUACAGGCUCCCGCCGCCCCGCUCCCCCUCCCGCUCCCAAACCCUAACCCCUCCGCCACCCAUCGCCGCCACCGCGGCUCCCCUCUCUUCCUCCUCGCCGCGACGUCCCGUCCCCGCCCUCUCCACCGCGCCCGCAACCUUCCUCCAUUAGAUUUCGAGGGGUCUCGGAAGGAUGGCGUUCCUGCAGAAGGUCGGGAAUGUCCUCAAGCGAUCCGCGGGCUCCGGCUCGGCGAUGCUCCAGGCGGUCCGGUCCAUGUCCUCCGCCAAGGUCUUCGUCGGAGGCAUCUCGUACGGCACCGAUGACCAGAGCCUCGCGGAUGCGUUUUCCAACUACGGCCAAGUCGUGGAAUCCAAGGUGAUCAUGGACCGUGAAUCUGGGAGGUCAAGGGGGUUUGGUUUCGUGACCUACACUUCGGCAGAGGAGGCUGGAGCUGCCAUCACCGGAAUGGAUGGGAAGGAUCUGCAGGGUCGGAUAGUGAGGGUGAGCUAUGCUCAUGACCGUGGUAGUCGUCCAAGUUUUGGUGGUGGGGGUGGCUACGGCAGCGGCGGCGGCUAUGGCGGUGCUGACGGUGGUUACGGUGGAGGGGGUGGUUCCUAUGGUGGUGGUGGAGGGUACAGCGGAGGUGGUGGAUAUGGAGGUGGAGGCAGAGGUGGCGGCGGUGGUGGAUACAACAGUGGUGGCAAUUAUAAUUCAGGGUACAACAGUGGGGGGAACUAUGGUGCCCCUCAAGGCGGGCAAGGUGGCUAUGGGGGUGAUGCUGGUUUCACAGGGGUUGGUGGUGGUGGAUACAAUGCUGCUCCUGCCAACAACUAUGGCGGCGAUAGCCUGAAUCAAGGGGGUGGUGCACCUCCUGCAUUUGGAGGUGGAAACUUCGGCGCAGGCAACGACAGCUACGCGAACGAUGCCCCUGUUGAUCUGCCCCCUGGUAAGCUCGAUGACCUGCUGAAGGAUCUCAAAUUUGAUGUUGGUGGCAAGGAGGAUGGUGCUGGGGAGGGUGAUGCGGACACCAAGAGAAGCGAGGGCCAGGAUGACUUUCUUGACGACGACUUCAGCAAGGAUGAAGAUGACUACGCCAACAAGAGAAGCUGAAUGUCUUUCCAACAUGAAGCACCGGCCUAAUAAUUUUCCAUGGAUUUGUUCUCCAUGACCUCCUUGUUUUUGGUAUGUCCUGUGAUGAAGAUAAUAAUGUAGUGCUUGCAAACAAGUUAUGUUCGGUGUUAUGUUCGGUCUCUUAGCUACGUUCUGUACGUCUGCUUCGUGUACUGUGUGCUGGAUUCAUAGUAUGGUGCCAACUUGAACCUGAACUCUGCAUGUAUUGGACGCUGUGAAAUUGCACUUUCAGUAGCUGUUUGUUAUAUCAGUUCGCUAUA